UUACAAUUCGUUUUCGCAUCUGUUAAACCCUAAUCUCUCCGAAAAAUCAACAUUUCGUAUUAUCGUCUCUUUGUGAAGAGUGUAGAGUUGAAGAGCGAGCAACCGGUAAUGGCUUUGAGGGCAGCAAUGCUAAAGAGCUGCGGCGGCGCCGGCGCCGGCGCCGUCUCCAAUAUGGGAUUCCCUUCCAGCUUGCGUAGACUUGCUCAUGCCAUUGCGCAGCCUGCUCCACUGGACAGUGCCAUCGGCGGCCCGGCCCCUACAGCACCGCCUUUGGUUCUGCCUGAAUUUGAUGAAAGCAUCAAAGGUGACGCAGGAGAUAUCACCUUCAUCAAUGGGUCUAUGGAGCUCACGGCAGUCCCUAAGAAGAAGGUUUCUCGUCACAAGAGAGGGAUACGAAAUGGACCCAAGGCUCUGAAACCUCAACCAGUGAUUAUCCGCUGCAAGGCUUGUGGCCGAGUCAAAUUGCCACACUUCUUCUGUUGCAGUGGGAUUAGGCAAGACCCUGAACAGUAGAGACGUUCCACCCGCUGAUCAAAUUCAAUCGCCAGCAAUUGUUGAAGCACGAUGAAUGGGGGAUUAGUAAAUAUGCAGGGCUUCAUUCUUCUUUGUUGAAGCUGCCGGUUGAACCAUUAACAGCUCGAGAAUGUAGUUCUCGUCCCCCCCUUUUUUUAGGAAUAUAUUCCGCAAUAACUAUAUGGCUUUGAGAGUUUGAGUUGAGUGUCUUUCAAGAGGAAUGAAUUGUUUGAUGGAUUGAUCCUCUAACAAAAGCAUUAGACUUGUUUGACUUCCAAGGUAGAAAAGAUUACAUCUUUGCAAUGCAAGAAGGAUUGAUGUUUCAUUUCA